CACUUGGGCCUUCUCUUGCUUUCUCCCUCUCUUGCUCUGUCUCAUGGCGGCGGAGGCGGCGGCGGUGUCCACGCCGCAUGGGGUCGCGGAGCGGCGGGGCAUACCGGCGGCGGCCUUCGUGGAAGACGUAGAAGCAUACCUCCGCCAGGCCGGCCUCGACGUCAACUCCGCCCUCGCCUUCCUCCAAGAAAGGCUACAGCAGUACAAAAUAGUGGAGAUGAAACUUCUAGCACAACAGAGAGACCUUCAGGCAAAAAUUCCAGAUAUAGAGAAGUGCUUGGACGUUGUUGCAACAUUACAAGCUAAAAAGUCUUCAUGUGAGGCACUCAUAGCUGAUUUUGAACUAUCCGAGGGAAUCUACUCACGUGCGAAAAUUGAGGAUACCGACUCAGUGUGUCUAUGGCUGGGUGCCAAUGUGAUGCUGGAAUACUCCUGCGAUGAGGUUAUUUUGACCAUCCUUAUUUUCAUUUCCUUUUGCUUUACUCUGGCCCUCUCAUUUCCUGAAAUUUUGCAGGCCAACGCCCUCUUGAAAAAGAAUCUGGAAAAUGCCAAGGCCAGUUUAGAAGUCCUUGUUGCUGAUCUUCAGUUCUUGCGAGACCAACAAACCAUCACUCAGGUUACAAUUGCUCGGGUAUUCAAUUGGGAUGUGCACCAACGAAGAAGCAAACAGGCUGUAAAGGAAACUUGAUUAGCUAUUUCAUGGGACCAGCCAAUGAGAUUGGGACGAUUUUUGUACCUUUUGCUACCUCUGGCAGAUUGGCCCAUCACAUUGUUGGUGAUGGUGCUUUCUCUGUGUAACAAUGUAUCAAUUUAUUAUGUUCAAAUUUAUUAUGUUCAAUGGUGUGGAACUGUAUGAGUAGAAGAUGGUAUUUCACUUCAGUUUUCACUACUUGCCCAUUC